AUGUCGGCGGUGGCACAAGUCGAGGAAGACUUUGAUACAGACUACGUUGUGGAUUCAGUGGGAGAUAUGCCGACAACGUUUAUAUCGGCGAUGGAAUCCAACAACGCGGUCAAGUGA